AUGAACCCUACACCUCCUUAUCUGGCUCGGUGCCUGCAGGGCGACGAGAAAAUGGAUUCCGUCAACGACAACCAAGAGAUUCGGGCCAUUGAGGAGGUCGUCAACGACAAAACUGACAACUAUGGCCUGGCUCUGGCCGCCACGAAUGCCGCUGCCGAAUCAAGAAUUCGUGUCAAGAUGGACUGGUGCCUCAUGCCCCUGGUCAGCCUCAUUUACCUGCUUGCUUUUAUCGACCGCUCAAACAUUGGCAACGCCAAACUUGCAGGCCUCGAAAGAGAUCUCAACAUGAAGGGAUACGACUACAACACGGCCCUAUCAAUCUUCUACAUUUCUUACAUUGUGUUUGAGAUUCCUCUGAACGCACUCUGCAAGCGGAUCGGCCCCGGAUGGUUUCUUCCCGCCACGUCCAUGGCCUUUGGCAUCUGCACCAUCUGCACCGCUUUUGUCCAGAACUUUUCCUCUCUGUGCGGGCUGCGCUUCCUGCUCGGCAUCUUUGAAGCCGCCAUGAUGCCCGGCAUCGUUUACUUCCUGUCGCGAUGGUACCGCCGAAGCGAGCUGACCUUUCGCAUUGCCCUUUUCAUCAUCUCUGCCGCGUUGGCCGGUGCUUUUGGCGGCCUGCUCGCCUCGGCCAUCCUGCGGCUUCCGAGUUUUGGAUCCCUUCACUCUUGGAGGAUGAUCUUUGCUAUUGAAGGGAUAGCCACUUGUGUUCUGAGCAUCAUCUCCUUCUUAGCGCUACCCGAUCGUCCCGAGACGGCCGCGUGGUUGUCGAGGGAAGAGAAGGAACUUGCCAUUGCGCGCCUCAAGGCGGAACGAAUCGGAACAACCGAUCUUAUCGACACGUCGAGCUGGAACAAGCUCAAGCUAGGCAUCAUAAACCCCGUCGUCCUACCGACCUCGCUCAUCUUCCUCCUCAACAGCAUCACGGUGCACGGAAUCUCCUUCUUCCUGCCGACCAUUGUUCGCACCAUCUACCCGAACCGCAGCGUACAAACACAGCAGCUGCUGACUGUCCCCCCCUACGUGGUUGGUGCCGCAGCCUGUGUCGCCAUUAGCUUUUGUAGCUGGAAGCUGGACAGACGAGGCAUCUUCCUCAUAUUCUGCUGUCCGUUAACUGUCGUUGGCUAUGCUAUACUCCUCGCGUCCUCCGAGCCGACGGUCCGGUACGGCGCGACCUUCCUCCCCUUUGUAGGCAUCUUCUCUUACGGCUCUCUCACCAACUCGCACGUCUCAGCGAAUGUCGUCUCCGAUACGGCUCGAUCCUCUGCCAUUGCCACCAACGGUAUGAUGGGCAAUAUUGGCGGCCUGAUAUCAACCUGGGCUUUUUUGGAGUCUGAUGCCCCGCGGUUCUCGAUCGGCAACGGGCUUAACUUGGCGGCCCAGGCAUCCAUGUUCUUCAUCGCCAUCGCCUUAUACUUCUGGAUCGAGAGAGAUAACAAGAAAAAGAAGACGCAGGAUGUCGCGGCCGAGCUUGACGGAAAGCACUCACAAGACAUUGAGGAGAUGGAUUGGAAGCAUCCUGGGUUCUUGUGGCACAAUUAA